CGCGUCUGGUGAUGGAGACUUCUGAUGGCAUGUGUUGGACUCGGUGCUUGGCGCCAGUGACAGCUGGAAGUCCGCGAGCCCCCCUGGGCGCUUACCCCCAUCAUGCCCUUGGCGACUGGCCGGCUUGCUGGCUUGCUCUAUCAGGUCCCGGGUGCGAGUAGGGACAGGCACGUUUGUGAGCUCACACCGCCACCUCCUCUUGGGGCCUUGUCAGGGCCAGAUAGCCCUCAGACGAGGUGAGGCAGGGGAGAGGAAGGGGUGCUGGCUUCCAGCCCCACCUGCCUCUCCUGAGAUGGAGAAAUGGAUCCUCAAAAAAAUUAAGUAUUUGCAGUCUGGGGGCCUCUCAGCUUCUCACUACAAUUGCCAGGUUGAUUCUUUCAGGGAGCGGAUCACAAGUGAGGCAGAAGACUUGGUGGCAAAUUUUUUCCCGAAGAAGUUAUUAGAACUUGAUAGUUUUUUGAAGGAGCCAAUCCUGAACAUCCAUGACCUGACGCAGAUCCACUCAGACAUGAAUCUCCCAGUGCCCGAUCCUAUUCUUCUCACCAAUAGCCACGAUGGAUUGGAUGGUCCCACUUAUAAGAAGCGAAGAUUGGAUGAGUGUGAAGAGGCCUUCCAAGGAACCAAGGUGUUUGUGAUGCCCAAUGGGAUGCUAAAAAGCAACCAACAGCUGGUCGACAUUAUUGAGAAAGUGAAACCUGAGAUCCGGCUGCUGAUUGAGAAGUGUAACACGGUGAAAAUGUGGGUACAGCUCUUGAUUCCCAGGAUAGAAGAUGGGAACAACUUUGGCGUGUCCAUUCAGGAGGAAACAGUUGCAGAACUAAGAACUGUUGAGAGUGAAGCUGCAUCUUAUCUGGACCAGAUUUCUAGAUAUUAUAUCACAAGAGCCAAAUUGGUUUCUAAAAUAGCAAAAUAUCCCCAUGUGGAGGACUACCGCCGCACGGUGACGGAGAUUGACGAGAAAGAGUACAUCAGCCUCCGGCUCAUCAUAUCAGAACUGAGGAAUCAGUAUGUCACUCUUCAUGACAUGAUCCUCAAAAACAUCGAGAAGAUCAAGCGGCCCCGGAGCAGCAAUGCAGAGACACUGUACUGAGGCCGGGGCCAGGGCCAGGGGACUCUGUGAGUCUGGCUCAAGACCGACAUUGCCUUGGUUUGUUACCUGACUAUCGUGAUGGGGAAACUGGCUGGAAAUAGUAAUCACACCUCUCUGUUUUUAGUUAGAGUCGAAUGAAACUCUCAUCUAGUUCUGUGAUGUGUUUACCUCUUUUUUCAGGCCUCAGGAACUCUUCUCUUUCCUUCCCUAAGCCCCCAGCCCAGCCUGUCCUCUGGUUCUGGAGAUUGCAGGUUUGCGUGUGCAGGAUGUUGGCACAGGAAAGCUUGUGUUCUCUCUCUCCCCACUCUCCCUCCUGUGUCUUGGGCUUUGUUUUCUUCUGUUGAUGCUUAGUUAGAAGCUAAGGGAAUGAUAGGGAAAAUGCUAGGUAUUUUUUAGGAACUGGGGUGGGCAGGGGGCCAGCUCCUCUCUCCUGACAUAAACUUCUGUGGCACAUUGAGUCCUCCCUGUCCCACCUGGCUGGUGAUUUCAGGUGUCCCAUCUGCACACAACCCACGACAGGAAGCACCGUGGGCCUCCGCCUGCGUCCUGUCUCCUGCAGGUGUUUCCACCGUGGGGGUUCUCAUGUACACAUGUGUGUACACGUGUAUGUACACAUGUUCAGAUGUGCACACACUUGCCCUUCUACCCCUCUCCUUACACUUCCUGCUCCAAGACCCCGUCACACACAUACCUUUUAGGAGUUGUCUUGGUCGUCUUUCAUCCAGAUGAAAGUCCUAGGCCUACCUGCCCUCUGCUCUUGUGUUCUCUUUGGAGAACCAAGAGGUGGGAGGCAGAGAUUGGGGAAGCUUCUUGUCCUGGGCACUUUUGCCAAGGCCGCUCCGUGGACUCCCACUUGCUAUCCUGCAGGCCAGUUAUGAACAGGGUGAGGGCGUCCGCGGGCAUCACUCCCAGACGCUGCUGCUCCUGUGGGCCCCUGCCUUUGGAAGAGACCUUUGUCAUGUAUGGUUCUGUGCUUCCAGGGAUAGCAGGCCUGUGUGUGUGUGUGUGUGUGUGCACAUGCACAUGUAAGUACACACACUGCACACGUCAGAAUACGCCAGGCAAGUCCCCGCUGUGUCUCUGGACUCUGCUGGAGACAGGUUCACUGUUACAGUUUCGGUGUUGACCCUCCUCCACCCCCAGCUUUGGGAGAGUUCUUAGCUGUGGUCAGCCUGCCGGCCACUCUCUGUGUCCGGCCUUUGCUCCUCCUCGCCUCUGUCUUCCAACUCCCAGUCUUGGCUCCCAGUGUUGUAUAGGACAGGAGGCCGGAUGCUCUCCCCAUGAAUAGUUCUCCGUAACAAACCGAUCGCAUUGGAGGUGGGUGGUGGCCCUACUUGCCUUCCAGUUUCCCUUCCCGCUCAAUUCCUCCCCCUCCUCCCAGGCGUUCCUCAGCCUCCCUGUUUGUUGGAUUGUACUAUCCUGCCUCACCUACCACCCUUGGAUUGUAAUGUAAAAUUCUUUUACCAUGUCAAGAAAUUAUUAAAAAUACAGGUACUUUGACCUCUUUCUAAA